AUGGCAAUGGAUACGAGUAUACUAUCGGGUUUUGUGUUUCUUAUCCUCAUACCCAAAUCCCUAGCCCUAUCUCCGUAUCCGACUCCAUUCUCAUCGGGGAUUAAAAAUCUAUCAUUAUCCCCAUCCUUACCGGGGAGCACAAUCUUUAAGAAAAGAUUGAAUAAUGUGUUCGAUGGUGCAGCUUCCCUUGCAAAAGGAGGGAAUCCCGACUCAAAUACACUCAUAAGUGAUACAACUACAGUUAUAUGUCUAGAUGAUUACCAAUCUUUGGACAGAACUGGAAGGAAAGCGAAGGGAGUGACUGCACUUGAUCCACAAGUCAAUGACUUUGAUCUUAUGUAUGAACAGGUUAAGGCUCUUAAAGAUGGUGUGGCUGUUGAGAUGCCGAUUUAUAACCAUGUUACUAGUCUUUUGGACGCUCCUGAACUCAUCAAAUCCUCUAAGAUUCUUGUCUUUAAAGGUCUGCACCUAAUGUAA